CGAUAAAGAUCUUCAAGCACCAAAAUCAAAAUUAAGUGUGGCGGGCACUUACUUGUAGUACGUGGCCUGGCCACUCACUACCACUUGCUGCAACGCACACCCUAUAAGACACCAUUCAUCACCCUAGCAGUUUGUACAACACCAAGAGGGAGCACUUGCCAAUCACUCACUCGACCUCAAUGAAUCCCAUGGCCAAAUGCUGCCUACUGCUCCUCCCCAUCUUCUUCUUGGCAUUUCUCUUGCCCGAGGCGCACGCGACUUCGUGCCACCCCGACGACCUCCGCGCGCUGCAAGACUUUGUUAGGAACCUCAGCGGCGGGGGUGUCCUCCUCCAAGCCACGUGGUUCGGCGCCGCAUGCUGCAGCUGGGAAGGUGUGAGCUGUGAUGCCGCCAGUGGCCGUGUCACGGCACUGCACCUCCCCAGGCGCGGCCUUGUGGGGCCCAUUCCAGGAACCUCCCUUGCAGGCCUUGCACGGCUCGAGGAGCUCGACCUUGGCUCCAACAACUUUCAAAACAUCUCAGGGGUACUCACCGUGUUGCGUGGGUGCCAGAACCUCACCACGCUGAUUCUCACCAAGAAUUUCGGUGGUGAGGAGCUACUAGGCGAUGGUAUUAUUGGCGGGUUCAAGAGCCUCGAGGUGCUGGCCCUUGGUGAUUGUGCUCUCAAGGGCAGGGUUCCGGAAUGGUUGUCUCAAUGCAAGAAAAUGGAGGUGCUUGAUUUGUCCGGCAACCAAUUGGUGGGCACCAUCCCAUCGUGGAUUGGUGAGCUUCACCACCUUUGCUACUUGGAUCUCUCAAACAAUUCAUUGGUUGGCGAUGCACCUAAGAGUUUGGCACUGCUAAAGGGGCUCACCCCUGAUGGGCGUUCACCGGGCAUGGUUUUCACUAACAUUCCAUCGUAUGUGAAGCAUAACAGAAGCACACUCGGACGACGACUUAACGAGCUCCCAAAUGUCAUCACAGGGACCAACAACUUUGUGAGAUCUGGGAGCAAGAAUGUUAUAUGUGGGAACGACAACACUGUCAUAUUUGGGGAUGAAAACACCAUAUCCGGGAUUGAAAACACCGUAUCUGGGAACAACCAUGUCGUAUCUGGGAGUAAGCAUGUCGUAUCUGGAAGCAGGCAUGGCAUAACUGGGAGAAACAGUUUCGUAUCCGGGAGCUACAAUAACGUAUCUGGGAUUUACCAUGUCGUAUCUGGGAGUAACAAUGUAGUAUUUGGGAGCAACAAUUCUGUAUCUGGGAGGAACCAUAUUGUAUCUGGGGACAACAAGGUUAUAACAGGAGGUUGAUGUGUGUGUGUGUGGGAGGGGGGGAGAGAGAUCAUGCCUCCUUUUGAACUCCUCGGCUACUUGAGGAGUCGAGAUGAGAUGAUGUUGAGCCUUUUGUAGUAUUUUCGCUGCUACUAUCCAAGGUUGAUGACAUGAUGUUCGAUAAAUAAUGUACAUAAGUUGACGCAGGAGAUGUGUCUCCCUAUGCCUCGCGUACGUAUGUUGUAAUAGUCGAACAUUUAUGGUCUAUGUAUUGUAAUAUAUUGUGGUUUGGUUUGUAUGCCAAGUUGUAUUGUGUAUCUUUAAGGUGGUGCAUCUUUAUGCAUGCACAGCACAGGGUGUCCGGCCGAUUAUACUCCUUGAAAUGGCAACGCAAACAUAUUAUUUAUUCCUUGCCUUGCGGUGUUGUUCCGUUGUUUUAUACUUUGCU